CUACCUCAUUAGUGCGCGCGCAGUUGUCGAAGCUGGACGCCUUUCGCAGGAGCAGCAGCAGCAGCCAAGAACAUCCACAGAACAGCGCUUGCAAGAAGAAGGAUCUCUGUGUUUGGCGCAAAAGCAAUCAAGGUGAAGAGAUUGGCAAAGAAGAUCGCUCCUGGGACCUCCUCCUCACAUGGUGUUAGUAGUGCAAUGGUGUACGAUCGCAACAGCUAGUUCAAGCUCUGUGCCGAGGAGUGUGCGUUCAGUAGUUCAGUGUAAUCCGCGUGCGCGCUACAACCGAGACAGAACUCCGACUCUGUGCUCCGAUGUUUAAGUGAAAAAUUGUCGAACCGAAACGGCGCGGUAAAUGCAAGGAAAAAAAAAACCAGCGGCAAAAAACAGCCACACAAAACCGAGAGAAACAGGAACAUAACACAACGUCGUCGAGCUGUUGGAAAACAGGCAAUUCGUGGUGGUGACCGUUGUUGCGUGGGGAACGACGGAGCACAAAAGAAGUUUCGAGUUCUGCUGGCCAAGUCCGCGAGACUCUCUCGCGUUGAAGAGCCGAACACCGGUGUGUGUUUGUGUGGAGAGGCAACGAUUAUCUUGGACUCGGUUCACUAACUUUUUAUCAUCCGGACCCUGAAGAGUGUGCGGGGAGCGACUACUGGAGAAGAAACUAAAAGUGCAAGAAAACUCACACACAAGAACUCUGCUGCAUACCAAAGAUCUAGUAAACACGUCUCGAAGAGAACCAGCUGAAGCUGUGGUGUAACCAACCCGUACUAGGAACAGUGGACAUUAGGCUAGGAACGUUUAUAUUUAUUUCAAGAACUACACUGUGUGAUUUCAACCGAAUGCUGAUAAAUCAUUUAAUCCGUACUAAAUAAGCUUAGAAGUAACUUCAACCGCACAUGCAACAUAACGCACAGCAAUCCGUCCAAAAAUUUAAACGAAAAAUUAGCAACAGGCAUUUCAUUAGCUGUACUCAGUGCACAUAAACACACACACUUUAAAAGGCAAACAAUUUAAUUUUAAAACACCCCAAAACGAUAAUACAAAAAACACGCAUUUCAUCGCUCUUAAGCAGAAACAAUUACCGCGCCUCAAUUCCGAUAUAAUCGAAAGCCAAUUUUCCUAUUUUGGGAAAUUAAGCGAGUGAGAAGUGCUGGUGGAAGAAACCAAACCCCGAUGCAAGAAGGAACCCUCCCAUUAUCAAUUACUGUGAAGAAAUUAAGCGUUUCACGCACAAGCUGCAAACCCGAGGAGCAAUCGAGAUACGCUUUAUGAAAGAUUUUUCUUGUAAUACUAUCCAGUACCCACUUAAUCUAAGACUGAGCAACAGAGAUCUGCAAACACAAUCUACAUCAAGAUUAUUCUUUCGAACCGAUACCGUCCAGCAACAAAAAAAGAUAUUCAACUCUAAUCUUAAGGACCCCCUUCGUAACGAUACUCCUCCAUCGAGCAAUAUAUACGCAUUAAGGAUAGAGUUAAGCGCACCGCAAUCGUAAACUGCAAUCAUCUUCACGAAGCAAGCUUCAGGCUGUCAACUCAACCAAAUAUUUAGAGUACUACGCACCUAGCAUCUAAGAGCAACUAUUUAUAACAAGCCGCGUCCAAAAUGUUACCAAGCAAUCAGCAACAUCAGCAGACGGCGGAGCAGCAGCAGCAGCAGCAGCAACAUCUGCUCAACACGGUGGGCAUGAGCAGCCCGUACACGGCGACAUCGACUAGCUACAGCAUGAGCUACCCGGUCAUCAGCGGACACCAUCUCAACGAAAACAACAACCUGGUGAUGCACCCUUCGUACGGUAAACCGGCGGCACACGUGGCCCACCAGCUUCCGCCGGCUUCGCUCAUCACGCUGCAACCGGUCACGAUGGACGGACACCACUCGACGUUGCACCACGGGCUAGGACCACAGCCGCCGCACACCGUCACAUCGCUUGCGCCGCCACCACAGAUGCAUCAGUCCGAAAUGUCCCACAUGUCCCAACAGCAGCAAGCGUCCAACUCACAGUGCCCUUCGGGCAUGUCCAGCAUGUCCGGAUCGUCGAUGAACGACGGCAGUGGUAUGUAUUUGGGGGUCGAUUUUCGUCCCCCAAGGGUGUGUGUAAGUGCAAGCGAACUCCUUCUCGUUACAGCAUUCACUAAUCUAGCUUAGGUUCAUCGGAGGCAUCACUAAUCGGCUUUGAGUUGCCCAGGUUGAGCGUUGAAGAACAACCUCAAACGAAUUGUGAGGACGGAAUGAGUGCAACCAUAAUGUAUAUAACUCAAACUCGAUAACCAUCGCUCAUUCAUUGUUCUAUCCGCAAAUCUGUUGAAAGUUGCUCUCCACCUCUACCUGUGUAGCUCUAAACCGAUCAUGUUCCUGAUCCGGAUGGAGCUGUGGCAACUGGAUGGCGCUAUUCGACUAACCUCCCGAGCAGCAUUUAUACCAAGAACCCUACAAGAGCUCUUCACGAGCGCCCUGUAGCUUCCUUGCUGUAAAUCGCUGCCGCAUGUGCAUGACCCGUAACAAACUGACCCUCACGAGACUAAACGACUAAAUCGCGGACACCCUAACCCACUUCCUAAGCUCAACCGAAGAAGGGGCAUCGUUAUCAACCCCCGCGGCACGACUAAUAACUCACGAGGGCUGUGCUGCCCGAAAAAGGCAGCGGGGUCAAUCGCGCGAAGAACCGUUGGCCCCGCGUUGCUCGGGGGGGUUAAUUUGCCGUGCUCAAAUGAGACGCGUAAUAGUUUCGCCUUAAUCCGCCCUCUUUCGGAUGACCGAGAAGGAGCGCGCCAAAGCGGAUUCACGGAAACCGAUUUGACUUCUGCGAAAUGGGUUAAAAGUAGGCUAGGGCCGAACCAAAUUCGCAGCGCGCCCCGUGGCCAACAGAUUGAACGUUGCAAGCUGCAGUCCGAGAACCUUGAUCGUGGCGUUUGCAUGCCGGGGUGAAAGAGACUGAUCCUAAUGUAUUCCGUGCAGCGAGCCCAAUUAUUACCAUAACUUUACACACAGCUGAAGACGCGGUUAACGAGCUUCCAAGCACCACACUUGGGAUCAUAUUUACCAAAGAUCACAAGACUUGGCACACUUGGCAUAAGCAGGCGUGACAUGACACCGCGGCUGGGGCUUUGUUUACGGCCGGGGCUCUGCUGAGUCAGCUGUCACUUGCGGUGACCCCUUUGGGAUCGAUCGAUGAGUGUUUGGAAAACAAAGCGCGCGCUCGUACACACCCACACGCGCGUUCCCUGCCAAUACGAUCGUCUUCAUUCCUGGAACCGGGAUUUGCGCGCGUUCUACGAGAGAAAGAGAGCUGGAAGACCCGCUAAUUAGUCAAUUUUUUCACCGUUAGUGCCGCGAGCGAAGGCCUGUCCAUAAUAAAAACGAUACACUUCAUCAUAUUGAAUUGUGUGUUGUGGUGCUCCACAGAGGGUUGGAGGAGGAGAAGACCCGCCGUAAGCCGUCCGCACCGCAGCACCGAUGAUGGUGAUAGAAACAGAUUAUACAGUCAGCAAGUUCUGCUAAACGAAACGAAAAUUAUUUAGCAGGAAGCGAAGAUGAAAAUAUAGACGGGUCGAGUCUUACGGAAGACGCUGGAGAGAGGAGUGAAUUAAAUAAACAAAUGGAAGGAAAACACUGGAGACUGUCGAGAGACUUCGUCUCGACUGUGUGUUGUGAUCGUAAAAAUUCCAGCUAACGGAAUCCUAUUACCAGUCUCUUUUUCUGCGGCCGUGGCCGGGCCCCGUAGCGAUUCUGAAAAGUUCUUCCUGAAGUUCCUUCGGUCGGCAGUAGCUGGACCCGGGGUGGCCCUUUGUUGUAUAUAGAUUGGAAUUUAAGACCGUGGCAACCCGUUGGAAACUGCACAGUCUGCAAUUCUACAAAGCUUUGCCACGUAAUGAUUCAUCAUGCUGCAACCAAUUGAACACGGCGUUGUACUACGUGAUCUUGAUUUGCCGAACACGAAAUGAUCGGCCAGAGUGUGGUGGAUACAAAGUUGCACUGCCACCGUUGGUGGCAAGUGCAGCAAACACGUGGUAACGUGGCGCGAGAUGUAAUUGCAUCCUGCAACAGGCACCUAAUUAUCUUCAGUAACGAUGAGUUGCGUUUUGUAGUCGCGGUUUCGUUCACGGCGAAGAAUGGGAUCCAUUCUACUAGGGCGACUUUAACAGACUUUCCUUUUGGUCAAUCGCGCCGCGCCGCUCGGCCCAGAACCAGAACUAAUUUACAUAACCUCAACCACACGACGCGCGGCAAGUUCGGCAAACUUUCAAAGAGACCAUCGCUGCCCGGAAACCGCACAUUUCUUCAUAAAUCAAUCCUAUUGGACAUUUCCCUGUAGACGGAUGAAUCAUUUGUUCGGAGAUGGGCUACGAACGCAUAACGGCACCAAUUUGUCACAGACAAACAGACGUGUCUGCUUGUCUGUGGUACAGUUUCAGCACGUGCUCGUUCCUCCGAUCGGCUCCCGCAAGCUUAUACUUCCUAAUUGUAUUUAAUUUCAAGGCAAAUUGGGCUGAAGAUCCACGGAAAAUUCACCAAAACGAAGCGCACUCCAAGUGUUCAAUUCGUUUCUAAUGCCACGAUUAUCUGGCGUAAUUGCUUGUUAGCUUGUUUCGCGCAGCCGCGAAGUAGAAAUUGUUCGUUCAAUUCAAUAAUUUGAUUUGAUAUUUCGGUCUAGUGAAAAUCUUCACUACCAAACCUCUAGUCAAGGGUAUCAGUGCAAUGGUUUACAAAAACAAAAAAAUAAAUAAGAAAAACAUUCGGAGCCCCCUGUUGAACAGUCAAGUCCCAUUGUAUAUCGUUAGACUAAAUUAACAAUUAACAUUCGCUUAGAUUAGUAUCUGUGAAUAAAACUUUUAAAAAUCCAAAACAGCACCAUGUAUGGAAAUGACAAGCAGAAACGGUGGAACUAGGCACAUCGUCCUAAAGGUGAAUUCACAGACAUGCAGAUGUAAUUCUUUUCAAAAAACCAACUAUCAUUUCAUUUAAGAGCCAUUUAAAUGAGCUGUGGUGAAUACAAAUUUUCCGUGGUGAGUUUCCGACCAUUCAGUUUGGCCGUUAAAUUGCUGAUUGAAGGUUUUUAGGAGAGAUUUACGUCUGUUUGUGUGGUGAAUCAGAUUUAUUCGUGAACCAACUGAAUUCGAAAAUGCAUUUUUUACCAUUUUCGGCAAAACCUAAAACUAGCUUCGAUUCGGAGGUGCAACCAACUUUGCCUCGCACACUCUGUAGCGUGACAGGUCGUAACGCUCGAUGGCACAUGGUGAUUACGGUUAGCCUGAUCUGACUCGACGUUUUUGGCAAACCACCGGGCAACGAUGAUAAUUUCCCCCCAGCCAAAAAAAAAUAA